CCGUUUUACACCUCACGACACCCUCCCCCACGCACAAAGCCGACGCAAGCAAGCAGCUCUGCUUUCCUUUCCCUGCUCGGCCUCGCCGCUUCUCCCUUCUCUCAACAGUUCCUCGCUUUUCGUCCGCUUUUCCUUUUUUCAAAUCGCCCUUUCUCGCGUGCGCGUGUGGAUUCCUUCGUGCUCGCCGCCGGUCUGGGGGCGCUCGGAUGAGGCGGCGCUGAAACGGAGCAGAACCCCUCGGCGCCCAUGGCGCAGCCGCAGCGAGUUUACGAGACAUGGAAAGGGAACAAUAAAUUCUUCUUUGGUGGGAGGCUGAUAUUCGGACCUGACGCCAAGUCCCUGAUCCUGUCGAUUUCGCUCAUCGUAGUCCCGGUUCUGGUCUUCUGCGCGUUUGUCGCGCGACAUCUCUGCCACCGGUUCCCUGAUUACAACGCGGGAUAUGCCAUUCCGGCGGUAGCAGUAGUGUUUAUGAUCUAUGUGCUCGUGUUGCUCUUGAUUACCUCGGCUCAGGAUCCUGGGAUCGUGCCUCGCGCAGCGCAUCCACCGGAGGAAGAGUUUGCGUAUGGGAAUCCAUUAUCUGGGGGCACUCCUGGGAGGCUGCAAUUCCCUCGUAUAAAGGAAGUAAUGGUCAAUGGGAUGCUUGUGAAAGUAAAGUAUUGCGACACCUGCAUGAUUUACCGGCCUCCUCGGUGUUCACACUGUUCGAUAUGCAACAAUUGCGUGGAGCGCUUUGACCAUCAUUGCCCCUGGGUUGGACAAUGCAUUGGGCAGCGCAAUUACCGGUACUUUUUCCUGUUUGUUUCUUCCUCGACUCUUCUCUGCAUUUAUGUAUUUGCAAUGUCAGCGUUGUACAUCAAGUUUAUUAUGGAUGAGGGUUAUCCGACAGUAUGGAAGGCUUUGAAACACUCUCCAGCUUCUUUUGGACUUCUGAUAUAUUGUUUUAUUGCUCUCUGGUUUGUUGGUGGACUCACUGGAUUUCAUCUGUACCUCAUUAGCACCAACCAGACCACUUAUGAGAACUUUAGAUACAGAUCAGACAGCAGGCCUAAUAUCUAUAAUCAAGGAUGUCUGAAUAACUUCCUAGUAGUCUUCUGCAGUAAGACAAAACCUUCUAAACACAAGUUCUGGGCCUAUGCACAAGAGGAAGUGCGACCUCCAGCAGUUAACUUUGGGAGGGAGGUAGAAGAGGAACCAGCUGGCGGUCCUCGGUCGAAAGUUGAAGAUGAUCUUGAAAUUGGUAGUGAUCUCUUGAAGAUCUCUCAGAGGCGCAAUUACGAGGAUGUUGAUGUUGAAAUGGGAGGUCGUCACAGCAAUGAGAUGGAAGGCGUAGCCAAUGCCAAAUUUGCGAUAGGUUCAGAAUCGCAAAUCCCUGCAUUUGGAAGUGAUGUACGAGUACGGCACUCGAGCUGGGAUCGGAGAAGUGGGAAUUGGGACAUGCCAUCAGAUGUACUUACAAGAAGUGCAUCAGAUGUAAUCGAAAGGAGUGUGUUGGUCACGGAGGCUGCACCUCCAUCUCAAACAGGAAUUCGCUAGUCAAUUAUUUGUGAUUUCAGAACAUGUGUCAGCAAUUUGGAUCACAAGGUCGUUUAAUUCAUGAUGGCACACCCAGAGAGCAAGGAAGAAAUGCCCGUCAUGCAUUUUGACUUUGACCGCCUUGAUUGGUUAUUUUCGAUCCUUUUCAUGUAUGAACAAUUAUUUUAGUCAAAGAAUUGGCGCAAUUGGGGUCUUGUAUUCGUGUCUUUGUGCCAUAGUCUCAUCUGACAUUGUGUGCGUGGUCCUCUCUGUAAAUUGCCGAUGCAGGAUUCUCAGAUCCAACUUGUCAACGAUUGGAAAAUUAUUGAUCUAACGAAUUUAUU